AUGUCUGAAGUGAAGAUCGAUUCCAACUCUUUUCAUAAGAGAUUGUCGCUUAUUCAGAAAAAUUUGACGGCUAUUCAAGAUAAGCAGUCAUGUCUCUUGUUUUUGGUAGGGGCAUCAGAUGAUGAAAAUACUUACAAGAAAACCACUGUUUUACAAACAUGGCUCUUAGGGUAUGAAUUUGUUCACACUGGGAUUUAUAUUACCCAAGAUAAAUGUGUUUUCAUUACAUCUGAGGGUAAAGCCAAGUACUUGACUGGGUUGACGUCGAAGCCGACAGAAAAUUCGAGUACUGUUGAGAUCUGGCCAAGAUACAAGGAUGCUGAGAAGAAUAAGGAAACCUUUAAGAAAUUGAUUGAAGAAUUGAAGGAAAUAAGUUCAGCAGAGAAGCCCAUCGGACAUAUUACGAAGGACCAAUACAGAGGUAAGUUCAUUGAUGAGUGGAACGAAGUAUCUACCGAUGCGGGAUUAUCAUUCAGCGAUUGUGCAUUAUUGCUUUCCGAAUCAAUGGAGGUUAAAGACCUGGAAGAGUUUAAUAAUACCAAGAUUGCGUCAAAAUCGUCUACAGUAUUAAUGGAUGCAUUUGCCAAUGAAAUGAUGGUGGUCGUUGACGAAGAAUUGAAGACUUCUAAUUCUGAUCUCUCCGAAAAGAUCGAAGACAAAAUCGACAGCAAUAAAUGGUAUACUAAAUCCGCCACUGGGAAGAAAUUGCUUCAAUCGAUGAAGGAAUUUGACCCAAGUUUGGUUGACUGGUGCUAUUCUCCAAUCAUUCAAAGUGGUGGCGAAUACGAUUUAAAGCCAAGUGCACAAUCAACAACGAAGGCUUUAGUUGGUGAUGGUGUUAUUUUAGCUUCGUUAGGUUUGCGUUAUAAGUCUUACUGUUCGAACGUCGCUAGAACCUUCUUCAUUGACCCUACUCCAGCUAUGGAAGCUAACUAUGAUUUUUUGCUUAAAUUGCAAAACCAUGUUACCUCCACCUUAUUGAAAGAUGGUACUGUUGCGCUGCAGGUUUAUCAAGGUGCUCUUGAUUUCGUUAAAUCUGAAAAGCCAGAUUUGGUUCAACAUUUCACAAAGAAUUGUGGCUGGUUAAUGGGUAUUGAGUUUAGGGACUCGACCUUUGUAUUAAAUACUAAGAAUGAAAGAAAAUUACAAAAUGGUCAAAUAAUUUCUUUAACUCUUGGAUUCAACAACUUAACUAACGAUAAAGCUCUGAAUCCUAAAUUAAAGCAAUAUUCAUUAUUAUUAACUGAUACUUUUAAAGUAAGUGAGUCAGAGCCUAUUUUAUUAACUACAUAUCCAAAGGCUAGAUCGGAAACAUCAUUCUAUUUUAAGGACGAUGAGCCUACUGCAGUUAAAGCUGAAAAUGGUAGAGAUAAAAAAUUAAAAUCCGAAAAGAAUAUUAAAACUGAAAAGAAUUUGGCCGUGAAUGAAGCCAAUUCAAAGAUUUUAAAAUCAAAAUUAAGACACGAGUCUUCAGCUGCUGAUGAUGCCAAUAAUACAGAGAAGAUACGUCAAGAAAUCCAAUCUAAAUUGCAUGAAAAGAGACAACAAGAAGGUUUAGCUAGAUUUUCUAAAGCCGAUGCAACUGAUGCGCUGGAUUUUAAGCCUGUUUUCAAAAAGUACGAAUCUUAUGUAAGAGAAUCGCAAAUCCCUAGUAAUGUUAGAGAUUUAAAAAUUCAUGUUGAUUAUAAAAAUCAAACCAUUAUAUUACCUAUUUGUGGUAGACCAGUUCCUUUCCAUAUCAAUUCAUUCAAAAAUGGAUCCCAAAAUGAAGAGGGUGAUUUCACUUAUUUGAGAUUAAACUUUAAUUCGCCUGGGGCUGGUGGUAAUGUUUCUAGAAGAGCUGAAUUGCCAUACGAAGAUUCCCCAGAAAAUUCGUUCUUAAGAUCAGUUACUUUAAGAUCUCGUGACCACCAGAGAAUGGUGGAUGUUUAUAAGGCUAUUCAGGAUUUGAAGAAAGAUGCUGUUAAAAGAGAACAGGAAAAGAAACAAAUGGCUGAUGUCGUUAGUCAAGCUAAUUUGAUAGAACUCAAGGGCUCGAGAGUAAAGAAAUUGGAUCAAGUAUUCAUUAGACCACAGCCAGAUACCAAAAAGAUUGGAGGCGUAUUGCAAAUCCAUGAAAACGGUUUGAGAUAUCAAUCAUCGAUUAGAAUGGAUCAAAAAGUGGAUAUUUUAUUUUCCAAUAUCAAACAUUUGUUUUUCCAAUCUUGUAAGGAUGAAUUAGUUGUUAUUAUUCAUUGUCACUUGAAGAAUCCAAUUAUGAUUGGUAAAAAGAAAACGCACGAUGUUCAAUUUUACCGUGAAGCCAGUGAUAUGGCAUUCGACGAAACUGGAGGUCGUAAGAGGAGAUAUAGAUAUGGUGAUGAAGAUGAAUUGCAGCAAGAACAAGAAGAAAGAAGAAGAAAAGCUUUAUUGGAUAAGGAAUUCAAAGCGUUCGCAGAAUUGAUUUCUGAUUCCUCCUCAGGAAUGGUAGACUUAGAUAUUCCAUUCAGAGAAUUGGGAUUCUCUGGUGUUCCUUUCAGGUCUGCUGUUUUAUGUAUGCCAACUCGUGAUUGUUUGAUUCAAUUGAUUGACCCUCCAUACUUAGUUGUGACUUUGGAAGAGAUAGAAAUUGCCCAUUUGGAAAGAGUUCAGUUUGGUUUGAAGAAUUUCGACUUGGUCUUCGUCUUCAAAGACUUUAACAAACCAGUCGUGCAUAUCAACACGAUCCCAAUGGAAUUACUAGAAGAUGUCAAGUCUUGGUUGACUGAUGUAGAUAUCCCAAUCUCGGAAGGUCAAAUGAAUUUGAACUGGGCUACCAUUAUGAAGACUGUUCAAUCUGAUCCUUACCAAUUCUUCGCAGACGGUGGUUGGAGUUUCUUGACGGGAGAAGGCGACUCUGAAGAAGAAGAUGAAGAAGAGGAAGAAUCUGAAUUCGAAGUUAGUGACGAAGAUCCUAGUGAUGAGGAUGUAGAAAGUGAAGCUGGUUCUGAAGAUGAUUAUUCAUCUGAUGCUUCUGGCAGUGAUGCUAGUGGAGAUGAGAGUGAAGAAGAAGAAGGUGAAGACUGGGAUGAGAUGGAGAGAAAAGCUGCCAGAGAAGACAAACGUCUAGGUGCUUCAUAG